CUAAUUUCAGUCCUAUAUGGGUCAUUAACUCGAAUGAUUAUUACAAGCAUAUAUGAUUUGCCACGAUGACUAUUAGCAUUUCCGUAUUAUUCUCUAAUUGUCAAUUUGGAAAGGUCGAAUUCCUGUUAUUCCGGAGUAAUAAUUCUAAUCCCACCGCUGAUUUCCAUCCUAAAACCGCAACGCGCCUCCACCUCCAACUCCCACGCUCCUCUUCUCCUACUACAGUUUCUCCUCCGUCUCGCUCCGCCGCAUUUCUGUGCUCCUCUUCUCUCGCCUCUGUUGUAGGUAUGGAUGCAUCUGGAAGUCAGGGUGUCUAUCCUUUCCACAGGUGUAAAACAAUACACCUGGUGAGACAUGCUCAGGGAUUUCACAAUGUAGAAGGAGAAAAGGACCAUAGUGCAUACCUCUCUCCACACCUCUUUGAUGCAAGCCUUACCCCUCUUGGCUGGCAGCAGGCGGAUAAUCUACGCAAACAUGUUCAUUCAUCUGGUCUUUUUAACAAGGUUGAGUUGGUUGUCGUUUCUCCUUUAUUGAGGACUAUGCAAACAGCAGUUGGUGUCUUCGGGGGAGAAGACCAUGCAGAUGGAAUGCAUGAUCUUCCACUAAUGGCGGCGAAUGCUGGAAACAGCAGCAGGUCUGCAAUUUCAAGUUUAAAUUGCCCUCGUUUCCUGGCAAUGGAGUUGUGUCGGGAACACAUAGGGGUUCAUUGGUGUGAUAAAAGAAGAAGCAUCAGCGAAUAUAAGCCUUCAUUUCCAGCAAUUGAUUUUUCAUUGAUUGAACAUGAUGAUGACACGCUGUGGAAGGAAGACAUUAGAGAGGCAAAUGAAGAAGUUGCUAGAAGGGGAAUGAACUUUUUAAAGUGGCUUUCGACCAGGAAGGAGAAGGAAAUUGCAGUAGUUACUCACAGCGGAUUUUUGAUUCAUAGUCUGAGUGAAUUUGGAAAGGACUGUCAUCAAAAUGUGAAGAAUGAGAUUUGCAGACCGUUUAAGAAUUGUGAACUACGGUCAAUGGUUAUUGUUGAUUGAUGUGGAGCAGAUGUCCCAAGCGAUGAUGCAGCUCUGGGCCCCUGAAGCAUUCCGAUGGCCUGUCUUAAUAAAUAAUUUGAAGAGCAUCAAAUUAAACAGGAGAAGUCAUUGUUAUUGCUCCAUAUUGUUUAUUUACCUACCGCUAUGAAUAUAUAUUAUUAUACAUGGAAUACCUAUUACUUUUGUUAAUCUUGGAGUAAUAAAUUCCGGUACCGGAAAAGAAGAAAAU